AUGUCUGCCAUGCUCAAGACCUUUUUCAGACAGCCCCUUGCGGCCCGCCUGGCCACCUGCACCCCGCGUGCCGUCCGCCACAACUCCAGCGCUGCUGGCGAGUCCCUUUCCAAGUGUGCGAUCCCCCUGACAAGCACACGCUUUAGACAGGCGCGCACACUGCACGCUACGCGGCGACAAAUUGACAAAGCCAUUGACGAGGAGAUGGAGAGCGACGAGUCUGUCUGGCUUCUCGGUGAGGAGGUUGCUCAGUACAACGGUGCUUACAAGGUUUCCAAGGGUCUUUUGGACAAGUACGGCCCCAAGCGUGUUGUUGACACUCCUAUUACCGAGAUGGGUUUUGCUGGUAUCGCUAUCGGCGCCGCCUUCCACGGCACUAAGCCCAUCUGCGAGUUCAUGACCUUCAACUUUGCCAUGCAGACGCACUACAUGUCGGGUGGAUUCGCCAAAUGCCCCAUCGUUUUCCGUGGUCCUAACGGCGCCGCCGCCGGUGUUGCCGCUCAGCACUCGCAGGAUUACGCCUCGUGGUACGGACAGAUCCCCGGUCUAAAGGUUGUCAGCCCCUAUGAUGCUGAGGAUGCCAAGGGCCUGAUGAAGGCGGCCAUCCGCGACCCCAACCCCGUUGUUGUUCUGGAGAACGAGCUCAUGUACGGUGUCAGCUUCCCAUCGAGCCCCGAAAUAGCCAGCAAAGACUUUGUUGUCCCCUUCGGCAAGGCCAAGAUCGCCCGCGAGGGCACUGACAUCACCAUCGCCACCUACUCGCGCCCCGUUGGCUUUGCCCUCGAGGCAGCCGAGCUCCUGGCCAAGGAGGGUAUCAGCGUCGAGGUCAUUAACCUUCGCUCGAUCCGCCCCCUGGAUCUCGCCGCCAUCAUCAAGUCGGUCAAGAAGACCAACCACCUGAUGACUGUUGAGCAGGGCUUCCCUCAGUUCGGUGUUGGUUCCGAGAUCUCGGCGCAGAUCAUGGAGUCUGAGGCCUUUGACCAUCUGGAUGCCCCCGUCUGCAGAGUCACCGGCGCCGAUGUGCCCAUGCCAUAUGCCCACAACCUCGAGAACCUUGCCCUCCCCGAUGCCGAGGUCAUCUACAAGCAGGUCAAGCGGGUUCUCAACAUUGAGUAA